AAUUGCUUACUUAAAAAUAACUAUAUGGUGGUUCUCUCAUGUGGAUUGAUUGCUUUAGAUUAUGUAGAAUAAUACGAUAAGAAUAAUAGAAUAACACAAAAUUUCUUUGCCGCAGUUUUUGCAGAAGAUAAACAAGACUUCACCAAAAAUGAUCUGCCCAAAAACAGAAGUUUAUUAUGGAAGUUCUUUGAUCUGUCGGAAGAUGACAAAGCUACUUGCAAAAUUUGUAGUGGCAAAAUAAAGGGAAAUAUUCUUAGACAUUUGAGGUCUAGUCAUCCUAAAAGCUAUGAGUUUUGGAAGAAAAAUAUUAAAAAACAGAAUAGUAUUAGUUAUUUGACAUAUCAAGUACAACAUCGAUUCGACGGUAGAAAACAUCCAGAGUGGCAAAAACAGUUCGCUCGGAAAGUAGGAAAUCGAUUGUAUAAUUGUUCUUUAUGUGAGAAGAAAUUAAAGCUGACUGAUUUAAAAAAACACAUCAUCGACAUGCACCCUGAAAUUUAUUAUAACGAUAUUUACUCGGAACCAGAAAUAAAUACCGAAAAAAAUUGUGGAUCUAUCGAAUGUAACGAUUCUUUAUUAGCAGUUAAUAACUUACCAACCGCUAAUGAAAACGUACUUCAAGUUGGAAAUAAUAUAAUCAAUGAAGACAUUCGUCUUGACAAUGACAUAACUCUUAAUAAUAUGGACGUUUAUGAUAUUGAUUUUGAAAAUAACAAUUUUGAAAAUUUAAAAAUCGAUAUCGAUUAUGGUUUAACUGAAGAUGUUUCUAAGGUAACUGAAACAUUCAUUGGUAAUUUUGCUAAUGAUGACUUUAAAGCAAUUCUGGAGACAACAAAUGAAGUGUCAUGUAAUGAUUCUGGAGAUGAUCCUACAAAAACAAAUAGUGAAGUGUACAAAACCUCUAAAGAUCUUAUCCUAGAUUCAUCUGAAACAACAGAGAAAUCUAAUCCGUGUAUUACAAAAGAAACAGUCGAAAAAAUUAAAAUGCUAUGCACAAAAGUUGAUGUCAAUCGGAAAAAACCUAAUAGAAAAACAUGCAUUUGGAACUUUUUUGAUGUCACUCUCGAUACCAGGAUAUAUAAAUGUUCGUUUUGCUUCAUCGAAAUAUCAAUAGCUCCCAAAUGCGUUUCAAAUUUGAAACGGCAUCUGAUCUUGCAACAUAGCUUGGAAUAUGAUCUGAUCAUGAAGUAUGCUCCUUUCAAUGAUCCAUGCAAAGUUAUGACUCCACUACUUUAUGCAUUCGCGGAAACAGAUCCAAACAUAAUAAGGAAUUUUGAAAUAUUCGACGAAGGAUGUUAUAAAUGCAAGUUGUGCGGACAAGUUAUUGUGUGCGCAACGAAUAGACCGCUUCUGAUUGGACAUUUACUCAACUACGUAAUGCUACCGACCUCCCGAGGGAAGCAGCUCCUAAUGUUCCACGGUUAUACGUACUCGAUGAAUAAUCGCGGUAGUGGCCUGUUUUAUUGUUCGAAAAAGGCCAUUAAUUGCAAAGCUAGCGUUAAACUGGAUGCGAACGGUAAAAUAGUGAGAGCCUACGAGCAACAUAACCACAGUCCUCCGAAAUACGUGGUGACCGCGAAGGGCGAAUUUCUCAAAGUCAAUUGAAAAUAUAAAAGAUAUU